CCCUUUAUAUAGUUUAUUUGAAUAUUACGGGUUAGCUAAUGUUCUAGCGAUAUAACGCUUUCAAAGCCAGCUAGCAACUAAGUUAGCUAACUCCACAGAGAAGAAAGAAGUGGACGCAGUUUGGAGUCGUUUAGGUUUUUAUUUUCAUGAUUUUAUUUUUUAUUCCUCGUUAAAUAAAUCUGUUAAAUAGCCGCUAGCUAGAUGUGAGACAGAUCAGCUACUUUAACUACUUGUUUAGACACCUGGAUAUAUAAACCACUCUUCAACGACUACAUUUUAAACUAAUUUAAUUAAAUCAACAAUUUUCACUUCAUCUUAUGACUUUAUAUCUUUUUAUAAAUUGUGCUUAUUUUUAUGCUACUUGUAUAGGUGUUUAGUGUACAGUACUGCGCCUAUUCUGCUGCACAGGGGCAAAAGUUUUUAUCCUCCUUUUGUUUUCUGUGAGAGAAAAGGAAAAUGUACCUCUUUUUUUUUCUUUUUUUUUUUUUUUAAACUAAUUAUCUAGGCCCCCCAAAUAAAAAAAAGAAAUGUUCUGGAUGACAAUCCAACAGGUAUAUAGUAUAAUAUAAUAUCAUGUAAUAAUAUAUAGUAUAUCAUAUACACAGGACAGCAUCUAAAUUGUCAGGUUAAAUGUUACUCAGUAAUAUUACUGAUAUAAGAAUAUAAAAGCUGUUCAGAGGAUGGUAAAGAUUUAAAGCUGUUCAUAAAGGCGUCAAAACUAAAAAAAAAUCACCUACAGAAAGUAAGAAAAAGUAAGAAAGGGCGAUACAAACUUUUGUACACCACACUGUCUUUUGUACACCAUUUAACUUUUGUGUUAUUUGUGAUAAUUAGGGCAAACCGUUAACCCUAAUGUUAAAGGUCUUAUUAGUACAGUACUGUACAUCUUCAUGGUGCCUAUAAAGUGAUGUAAUAUAUUUGUAAAUGGAUAUGAUGGCAGUUCAGACAUGGACAGGUGAUGAUGAGUUUAUUAGCUCUAGUGCUCCACUAGAGGUUUUGGUUGCCCAGAAAUCUAACAUACAGCGAGCUAGGUGGCUAGUUAAAUGCGUUCAUAUAGAAUAAGGGAAAUGAAUGUGUUUUAUGAUCAAUAUUAACUUUUAAUAAAGUGUAUAAUGUGGCACAUUAUGUUUGCACCCUCAACAAAAAGCUAACAGGUUGCUGGCUGAUGUUUGUCCUUGCAUCUCUCACAAAACAUGUCUGAUUAGAGUCUUUAUACUCUGUUUGUUUAAGCACAAGGUGACUGAGUUGUUAGCUGGAGAGUUAUAUGACGACUUUUUUCGGUUUUGUUAGUUUUUACAUACCUGCUGUUCCUGAUACUGAAAAGAUUGUCUGUUAUCCAUGCAUGCUGAUUAAUCUACUUAGUAAGAAUUAUUUCGUCAGUCUGGUCGAACCUCGGCUGAUGUGUGUUGUGCAGCAGGUGGUGGGAUUCAGAUGUGCAUGCUAUAGUUAAAGCAUUGUGGUACUCCUACCACCAAGAAGUGCAGUAUGACUGAACAUAGCUACAUAUCAAAUGGACCCCCAACCCCCUUUUUUUUUCCAGGUUAUUAAACCUACUUUUCUGUUUGCAAGCUAUUGGGGGGGACCCUAAUAGCCUGGAUAUGAAAUCUGAUUAGAUACCUGGGCAAGUGAUUUGUCUCCAGUGCAGUUAUUCUUGCUGUAGAUAUGAUUACUUAGUUAAAAUAUUUCCUGUCGGGUCUGAAUGGCCUGCGUAAAGUCUGAACUGAGAUUAGGAAGUUCUGAAUUAUGCCGUUUGUCCAUUUUUGAGCUUCUAAUGCAUUUCAAAUAAGAGUUGUCCACAGGUGUGCUUUGAUUAUACAAUGAUGUGCCAUUUAGGUGUGUCACUCACUGCAUUAAAGCAAAUUCCUUCUUAGUCAGAAGUGUGUGUGUGUGUGUGUGUGUGUGUGUCCCACAGGACUUCGAUAGGCAGCGUUAGUGCUUUGAGAUUCAGCCUUUCCCGCUUGCAGUCUAAAAGCUGGUUUUAAUUUGUAGUGACUGGGGGAGGGAGCUGUGUGUAUCUGCUCCUUCACCUACCGUUCCAUGCCUAAAGCAUGAGCUGGUACAGGGUCAAAAACCAGAUGGGACCUAAUACCGUGCAGCGGGUCCAAGUCUUUUACAAAAGCGAAAGUUAGACGCUUGGCUGUAUACAUGUGCCAAACAGCUGUACAUUCCACAGCUUCUCUCGCAAGUCUGCAUUUGGGAAAAACAACGUUAGUGCUGGAAAAAGUGAACAAAAGAAAGGAGAGGGCGAGAGUAGGCCACGUGUAAUGUUAAAACGCAGGAUAUAUCUGCAUUCUUCAUGUCUGACUUUUUGUCUAGAGUGAUGCAGAUGCAUGAAUUCCAAAUUAAACUGACUGAAGGGUUAAGGAGUGGCUUGUAGUUACUACAUUUCUUGAAUGUCUUAAUGUGUUGUACGUUUUGUAUAAAGUAUGUGAUGCAAAUUCCUACCAUUGGCCAAAAGAAACGUAUGACUACAGUAGAUCAGAAUCCGUGUGCUUUAUAGGCUUUUACAUUUGCUUGAUGUUUCUGCUCAAGAGUAUUGCCUGCGUGAUCACUAUCAUCAUUCGAUCACAGUCAAAACAUCCCUCCACUAACACUAGUUGCUUCCACAUACUAUUGCAAAAUCCCUUCUGUACUGUAGUCUUGGCUUUCGAGAUGUUAUUUUUGCUUACAUACAGAUGGUUGACAAAGGAAAAACCAACAUAGUGUCUUGUUCCUGCCACCAGAACAGCUUCAAUGUGACCUGGCACAGAUUCUCCGGAAGUGUCACUGGAAUUUGUCCAAUAGAUAUUCCCUCACUUGGUGUUUUUAUGAUGGCGGUGGAAAGCGCUGUCUAACACGUAGCUCCAAAAUCUCCCAUAAUCUGCCAGUAGGUUGAGAUCUGGUGGCCAUGAAGGCCAUAGCAUAUGCUUUUAAUCUUCAUCACAACCAUCUUGUCCUGCGCAAGUGGGUGGAGUCCCACAAGGCCACGCCCAUCAAGACAGAACUGUUUCAUCAUAGAAUAAAGGUGAUCAGUCAUAAGAAAUUUGAUUUGACUCUUAACUAUAAGGGGAGAAGUGGACCACUGGUUUUUACUUUGUGCUUUGCUCAGACGAUGCUCCUGUUCUGUGUACAUGUUGUGUACAGUGUAAUUAAGCAAUAUCGCAUGAGUGGCCAAAUGCUGUAUUUAUUUUGUGCCGCUAGCAGAAAUAGAUACUGAAGAAGCCACACUCAUCUUAUAGCCCAUUUUGGCUAUUUUUUUUUUUUUUUAAACUAUGCAUAGUACCAGAAUUCUUGGGAGCAGAAAACUGAUCCAGUAAUGAAGUUUAGUGUUGUCAUUUUUUUUGGCCAGACCAGCAUUUUAACAGUGAAUUCAAACCCAUCUUGUCAGGUCUGUUUUAGCGGUUUUAGGGGCUGUCCUCAUGUAAGAAGAAAGUAGUUUGGAGAAGUCUACUAUGUGUGGAAAUAACUGGCUAGGUGCAUUGUUUUUACUAGAAGACAAGCCGGCAGUUGCAUUGUGAUGUUCUGGACAAUGUUCUGCUGGGAAACCUGGGGUUCUGGCAUUCAUGUGGAUGUUGCUUUGACAUGUACCACCUACCUAAACAUUGCUGCAGACCAAGUACACCCCUUCAUGGCCAAGUACACCCCUUCACGGUAUUCCCUAAUGGAAGUGACCUAUUUCGGCAGGAUAAUGCGCCCUGCCACACUGCAAAAAUUGUUCAGGAAUGGUUUGAGGAACAUGACAAAGAGUUCAAGGUGUUGAUUUGGUCUCCAAAUUCCCCAGAUCUCAAUCCAAUCGAGCAUCUGUGGGAUGUGCUGGAUAAACAAGUCCGAUCCAUGGAGGCCCCACCUUGCAACUUCCAGGUCUUAAAGGAUUUGCUGCUAAUGUCUUGAUGCCAGAUACCACAGCACACCUUCAGAGGUCUUGUGUAUUCCAUGCUUCGACGGGUCAGAGCUGUUUUGAUGGCACAAGGGGGACCGAUAUUAGGCAGGUGGUUUUAAUGUUAUGGCUGACCACGUGAGAUUUAGGUGAUGAUGCUUACCUAGAAAUCCAAAAACAGACCAGAUCCCACCUACCAGAAGCAUGGCUCAAAUUGGGACGUGGUAGAUUAGUGGUUAAGAUGUUGGAAUACUGCUUGGAAGGUUGAGUUCAAAUCCCAGCACUGUCAAGCUGCCGCUGCUGGGCCCUUGAGCAAGGCCCUUAACCCUCAACUGCUCAGCUGUGCAAAUGAGAUAAAUGUAAGUUGCUCUGGAUAAGGGCGUCUGCCAAAUGCUAUAAAUCUAACGUAAUGACUUACUGUUAUACAGUUUAUACUUUACAUAUACUGCAGUAUGAACACAUAUGGUUGUGAUAUCACAGAAAGCUGCAGUAUCAGCAGCUUUUUUUUAGUCAUAUACAGCAGCAUAGGUCAAGCACACAGUGUGCAUAGUGAAAGUCAGACAAUCAUAAAAGUCUCUUUGAGUGAGGAUGAGUAUACACAGAUGCUUUGAGGAAAGUGUUUUGGGAAAAAAAAAGCGUCCUCUGUUAUUUGGAGAUAUGUUGGGUUUAGGAUGGAGGAUGUAGAAGAGAACAAGGUGUUGUGCAGGGCUUGCCUUGUCAAAGUCAGAACGCAGAAAGGCAGCACACCUUUUCCAUCACCUUUACGUAACACCACAAAGCACUGAAUGAAGAGUACCUUGCGACGGGGCCAGACCACACAUCCUGUGCCAGACCUAAGCAAGCGUUAAUUCCGAAUGCAUAAUGCCAUACUCCUUCUAAAAGACACAAAGAAAUUACAGAUGCCAAAACUUUCCACAUUGCUAAAGACAUGGUUCCUGUAUACACAGUUAUGAAAGAAGGCUUUCAGAAAAUGCUAGAUGAGCAAUACAAAAUACCGUCACAAACCUGUUUUACUCAAGUGGCCAUACCUGAACUUUAUAAUAAGCGCAGAACAAGUUAAUGCCGAGCUCCAACAAGUGGAAUAUUUUCCCUCUUCCACAGACUUAAGGUCUAACUGGAUGACUGAACCCCACGAAUUUAACAGUCCAUUUUAUCAAUAAGGACUUCGAGCUGAAAACCUGAUGCUUGCAGACUUCUGGACGUGUCUUCAGUAUUUCGGACAUAGGCUACCCCUGCCAACUGGAAAUUAAAUGCCACUUGGAUGUUCUGGUCUGUGGAGCUGAGUGAUCUCAACAAUCUUCCCCAACUUUCACAAUGUGCUUCACCAACAUGGAUGUGAAAAAUGGAUGCAUCAUUAUGUGUCAUGGCUUAGAGGAUCUUGUAAGGACAAAGCUCUGAGAUUCUAGUGAAAUUCCACCCUCAUUGCUCACAUUCUCCAGUCAUCUGCUUGGGACACCACUGUUGCUCCUCAGUCUACACUUUAUUGGACAAUUCCAUAGGCGCUGGUGUACAGAGGCAGGGGCACCUGCCGUUCCACGUGCUUGUCCCAAAAGCGCUACCAGGCUGUUUGAGAAUGACCCGCUUCCACUUAUUCACCAUUGUUCUGUUUGAAGUCUGCAUUCUCCUGCUCCCUCAGACUGAAGCUGGUCAGAACCCAGACCAUGUGCUGCAGGGGGCCGGCGGCAAGCACAGCUCGGACUCCAGAAGACCAGCUCCCGGUUCGACAGUGGAGCCUGAGGACGCGCCACGUUUCCUCAGCUGUUACUGCUCAGGCCACUGCCCAGAGGACGCCAAGAACAACACCUGCAUGACAAAUGGCCAGUGCUUUGCCAUCAUUGAAGAAGAUGAAAAUGGAGAUGUGUUCUUAAGCUCUGGCUGUAUGAAGUAUGAAGGCUCCCAUUUUCAGUGCAAGGAUUCACAGUAUGCCCAGGCAAGACGGACCAUUGAGUGUUGUCAGUCUGACUUCUGUAAUCAUGAUCUGAAGCCUGAACUGCCUCCACGAGAGCCAGAGGCAUUCCUUGCCCCUCACUGGCUGGCCUUGCUCAUCUCUGUUACUGUGUGUUGCUGUACCCUCGUCUGCGUCACUGUGGUCUGUUACUACAGGUAUAAGUGGCAAACAGAGAGGCAGCACUACCACAGAGACUUGGAGCAAGCUGAAGCCUUCAUUCCUCCCGGAGAAUCUAUCAAAGACCUCAUCCACCAGUCUCAGAGCUCAGGCAGCGGCUCUGGUCUCCCCCUGCUGGUGCAGCGUACCAUUGCGAAGCAGAUCCAGACGGUGCGUCUGAUUGGGAAAGGCCGCUGUGGUGAGGUGUGGUUGGCCCGCUGGAGGGGGGAGAAGGUGGCAGUGAAAGUGUUUUGCACUCGUGAAGAGGCCAGCUGGUUCAGAGAGACUGAGAUCUACCAGACCGUGCUUAUGAGACAUGAAAAUAUCCUGUGCUUCAUAGCAGCUGAUAUAAAUGGUACAGGAGCCUCCUCUCAGAUGUACCUCAUCACAGACUACCACGAGAAUGGCUCUCUGUACGACUACUUGAAGUUCACCACCCUGGACACGCAGGCCUUGCUGAAACUGGCCUACUCUACAGCAUGCGGUCUGUGCCACCUUCACACUGAGAUCUACGGCACGCAUGGCAAACCAGCCAUCGCUCACCGGGACCUGAAGAGCAAGAACAUCCUUGUCAAGAGAAACGGCACGUGCUGCAUCGCUGACCUGGGGCUGGCCGUCAAAUUUAACAGUGACAGUAAUGAAGUUGACAUCCCUCUGAGCACUCGUACAGGAACCCGGCGCUACAUGGCUCCAGAGGUCCUCGACGAAAGCCUUAGUAAGAACCACUUCCACGCCUAUGUCAUGGCCGACAUGUACAGCUACGGAUUGGUCAUGUGGGAGAUGGCGAGACGCUGCGUCACAGGAGGGAUAGUUGAGGAGUACCAGCUGCCGUACUAUGACAUGGUCCCCUCAGACCCUUCAUACGAAGACAUGUUGCAGGUAGUGUGUGUGAAAGGCCUGCGGCCCACGGUGUCCAAUAGGUGGAACAGUGAUGAGUGUUUGAGGGCCAUGUUAAGGCUGAUGUCAGAGUGCUGGGCCCACAAUCCGCAGUCACGCCUCACUGUUUUACGAGUCAAGAAAACAUUAGCCAAAAUGGUGGAAUUGCAGGACAUCAAAAUCUGAGCCGUGUCUGACCUGGGUUUGUUGGCAAGGCCAUUCAGAGACAGGAUCAGGCUCUGUCUGGUUUAACACGGGCUGUGAGAGAUCGAACUCAACUUCGAUGCCGUCUUUGCUCCUUCCCUGCUUGACCUCUGAAGAGCACACGGAGCCAGUUUUUUUUUUUUGUUGUUGUUGUUGUUGUUUUUUGUUUUUGCUUUCUGUGAAAGCUGUACGAUCACAGGCUUUGAACUGAUUCAGACUGCAUCUGUGAAUCUUGUAGAAGUCUUGGACAACUGACCUUUCUGCCUUACACACCAAGCUACUUGUUUCUGUGUCAGCUGUGUAUGCAUUUGUCUCUUUUGUCUGGGAUGAACCUCAAUUCCUGCCAUAUGGAAAAACAUUUGUGACUUUUUGCCAAGCGCAAUUAUACAUGGACUUGUAAAUAAAAUUGUAUUGUUAGACUGCACAAGCUAAAAAGUAAGUAAUGUUCUACUAAUAGUGGUCCAUAGGGCCAGACACUUCAACCUUUGAAACUGUCAUAAACGAGUUCCCCGUGUAUGUACGUUGAGUUUAGUUAACACUUUAAUGUAGAUAGUACUUAGCGGUCAGAUAGUUCACACUGGUUGCUGUUAGACUUAUAUCAAGAAAUAUUCUUCCACUACAAGUCUAAUUCCUGUAUUUCUCAGUAUUUUAAGGGAAUAUUUUGAGUUUUUUUUUUUUUUCUUUUUCUGUUCUUAAAUGGAUGUUGUUUUAGAUGUGUCAGUCUCACGGAA